CAAAGCAAUCAUGAAUUUCCUAGGCAACAAACAAAUGCGAAUAACAAAAAAUAACAUUUUUGAGCUUCAAGGCAAAAUUUGAAAUGCCCACAUCUUCAUCAAAAUUAAAGUGAAAUUCUAAUUUUAGUUUUUUUUUUUUGAAUCAUCAAAUUCUAGUUUAGUUAAUAAAUCAUGGUGAGGGAGUGUAUCUCUGUUCAUAUCGGCCAAGCAGGAGUACAAAUAGGAAAUUCGACAUGGGACUUGUAUUGCCUCGAACACGGCAUUCAACCGGACGGUACCAUAACGCCAAAAAGCGAAGUUGUUUCCGACAAUUUCUACGGGACUUUCUUUUCUGAAGUGGAAAAUGGCAAAUUGGUACCCAGAUCUGUAAUGGUAGAUUUGGAACCCACCGUAGUAGAUGAAGUUAGAACUGGAUAUUAUAAGAAACUCUAUCAUCCAGAGCAACUCAUUACUGGCAAAGAAGAUGCGGCUAAUAAUUAUGCUAGAGGGCACUAUAGCUUAGGCAAAGACAUGUUAAACAUUGUAAUGGAACGUCUCUACAAACUAGCCGAAAACUGCUCCGGACUGCAAGGUUUCUUUGUAUUCCAUUCGUUUGGCGGCGGUACCGGUUCAGGGUUCACGUCCUUGCUAAUGGAGAAACUGAGUCAAGAUUUCGGAAAGAAAAGUAAACUCGAAUUCGUGGUUUACCCGGCGCCACAAGUUUGCACGGCUGUGGUGGAACCGUAUAAUUCGAUUUUGACCACUCACAGUACUUUGAACCAUUCGGAUUGUGCUUUUAUGGUCGACAACGAAGCUAUUUACGACAUUUGUCGCAGGAAGUUGGGAAUUGAAAGGCCCAAUUAUAUGAAUCUGAAUAGGUUGAUUAGUCAAGUUGUUUCUUCCAUAACAGCUUCAUUGCGAUUUGAUGGUGCUCUUAAUGUGGAUUUGACAGAAUUUCAAACUAACUUGGUUCCUUAUCCAAGAAUCCAUUUCCCACUAGCUUCCUAUGCUCCUGUAGUAUCAUCUGAAAAAGCCUUUCACGAGGGAAUGUCUGUAGCCGAAAUAACAGCUGAAUUAUUUGAACCGACCAAUCAGAUGGUAAAAUGUGAUCCUCGUGAUGGCAAAUACAUGGCCUGUUGUCUUCUGUACAGAGGCGAUGUAGUUCCAAAAGAUGUCAAUGCUUCCAUAGCUCAAAUGAAAGCUAAAAGUUAUGUCCGAUUUGUAGAUUGGUGCCCUACAGGAUUUAAGGUUGGUAUAAACUAUCAGCCUCCAACAGUAGUCACAGGCGGUGACUUGGCCAGCGUCCAAAGAGCUGUCUGUAUGUUAUCGAAUACAACUGCUAUAGAAUCGGCUUGGAGAAAAUUGAAUAGGAAGUUUGAUCUUAUGUUUGCCAAAAGAGCGUUCGUCCAUUGGUACGUAGGUGAAGGUAUGGAGGAAGGAGAAUUUACCGAGGCUCGAGAAAACUUGGCUACGCUGGAAAGGGAUUAUGAAGAAGUCGCCUCUGAUACUACUGACAUUGGUGAGGAAGCAAUGGAAGCAUGACAAGAUAAUAAGAAAAAUAUUCUGUGCUAUUUCAAAUCUACUUUUAGGGACGGGUAAAUAAUGAAUGUUAAAAGUUUCUUGGUUUUAGGUUCAAUCCUCACCAGUAUCUAAUUCGAACUUUUAAUAUUCAUUACGCACUAUUUAAAAAUCUUAUUUUGUACUUAGUCAUCAUGUAUAUUAUGUUUUAUUUUAUUUUAUCAACAUUUUUUUAUAUGGUCACAUUUUUUUUUACAUACAUACAUACAUCAUUGGGAAAAGAAAAUGUCUAUCUAUUUUUAUUAAUUUAAACAAUAUCACAAUUGAAACAAAACUGAUGAAAUUCAGCUAAUUUUUACAUCAGUCAAUAAUAAGUUUGGGCAAGUCAAAAAUCUCAAAAUGUCAUUUAUACAUAAAUUUUUGAAAAACAAUAAAUAAUAGUUAUCUAUUAUUGGCAAAUUCAGUCACAUUAAGCCCUCUGACAAGGCUUGGAAGUUAAAAAUAAGCCUCUCUAUAACUUCAACAUUGUCAAAAGUUAAAUUUUGAAUAAUAUAAUAUUUUUUUAAAGAUUUGUAGAUAAAAUCGAUAUUUAAUAUGACAUCCACUGCAAUCUAUUUAGGCAGUAAUGUACGUACAGUUCCCAUAAUUAAUAAUUCCCUAAUUUUAUAAAUAACUCUUAGGGCGGGUAUUAUAAAACUACUUUGAGAGUUAACUUAAAGUUAACUUCUGAAAAUACAUGUAAUUCAAAAAGUUAACUUCAAGUUAACUGUCAAAGCAGUUUUAUAAUACCCGCCCUUAAACAGUCAGAUGUAAACAGACUUUUAACAAACAUUUUCAUCUUCAGAAAACAGAAUUUGAAAUUUAUAUAUUUAACAAAAAAACAUUAUUGUAAAAUAAAUAAAAUACCUAAAUGCAUUUUUAAUUCUAAGUGGAAUAACUUUGGAAGUAUGCACCACAAAAUUUAAUUUUAAGUACAUUCCAUAUAAUACAUAAUAAUAAUAAUAAUUUAAAAUCUAAGAAAUAUUAUGCGAAUGAGAUCAAUAAAUGACUUUGGUUUUAAUUUAUAAUAAUUAUUAUUCAAUAAUCGCUUGCAAGAGUCUACCAAUCACGAUUUUUUUAAUAAUUUAUUCAGCCUAUCUAUUUCAGUUCCUAAAGUAUCUACAUUUUCCUAAAAGAAACAAGCUUAUUUAUAUCAUUAAACAAAACUACUAUUAUUUUACCUUUAAAGUGAUGUUUUUAAGCAAGGCAUCUUCCAAUACAGCUUGAAGUUUCCGAUUGAUAUCCAAGGAAAGUUCCAUGGUUAAACUAUCAUCGCACACUUUAUUGCUGUACAUAGAUGCCAUAACACCGUUUAGUUUUGCUAACCGCGCCUGAAAUAAUUAUUCAGUAGAGCAGAAAUUGCAAGGGGAAAAUGAAAAUAUGAAGCAGAAAAACACUAAAACAAACAAGUCAAAGCAGAUCUACUUACCAUAGUCUUUUCUAAUUAUUCCAAGAAGGCAAGACAAAAAUGAGAAAAAAUUAUAAGAGCUCACAAAAAGUUCCUCAAGUCUAAUCGUGCACAAACAAAUUGACACGUUUGCAGUUGUCACAUAUAAAAUACAAUUUUUUUUGUAGCCUAACAAAAAGUCUUUUUUAAAAAUCAUGAAAAUGAAUAGACUUGCAGAACCACGUACAUAUCCAUAAAUAAAACCUACCUUAUUGCUAUCCAUGCUGUUCGAGCUCAAAGUGCCAGAUUGUUCCCUCAAAAUAUACCCCUGCAAUAGUUUAGUUUUCUUCUGAAUCUCAACCACCAAAGUAUUCACAUGUUCCUCUAGAAAAUCAAUUUUUUCAGACUUCUUGGCACUUAUCCUUUGCAACUUUACGAUAUGUUCAAUAAGAGCUUGUUUGUCUAUAGUUGCUUCAGGCUGCA